GGGAAGGAGGGAGAUUAACAGAUAGAGAGGAAGGGAGUGAGAGAGAGAGAGAGAGUAAGUGAGUGAGGGAGGAAGUGAGUGAGUGAGAGAGGUUUGUUGUAUUGUUGUUGUUGAAUGUGGCUGUUUUAAUUUGGGAGAGGAAGUCAGUCUUCCCCUUUGAAAUGGAUUUUCCUCGGAGGGUUGGGACGAAGAGCAGCCUGGGGAACAGCUAAACCACUCACUCCCGUCACGUCUGAAAGGCAUCCUCUUCCUCUCUCUUUCUUCCCAUCCCUCUUUCUCUCUGUUCCCUCAUUUUCUCCCCUUCUCCUGUUGUUCUGGAUGAGACUGAAGUGGUGGCUGUAGGAGAGGUGGCAUGAAGCUCUGCAUGGACGCUGAGAGGAUGGGAAGAAACUAAGGAAGGAUGGCUUACACACAGUUGGAACCCAUCAAUGAGGGGGUCCUGUCCAGGCUGACUGACCUGCUGCUCUGCCGCUGGUCCUGUCGGUCAUGUUGGCAGUGGUGCUGGGAGUGCAGCUGCUGCCAGUCCAGUGAUGAGGAAGUGGAGAUCCUUGGACCCUUCCCAGCACAGACCCCCUCCUGGCUUGUCAACGACUGUCAUGAUGAUAAAGAUGGGAACAAUCACAGCAUCAUCCAGCGGUCCACUGGCAGCUCCAUCCACAAUAAUGGCCACAGUAGCCCCGGUCAGAGGCGAUCUAGCACAGAGAUCACUCGCUCCACCCUGAGCUUGGCCCGUCAGCUAUCAAGUUUGGAUGCUCGUAGACCCAGCUCUCCCUUGGUGGACGUAAAGCCAAUUGAAUUCUGGGCCAUGGGCCCGAGGAAGGAGGUGGUGCAGCCUCUGCGGAAGCCCCCUCCGCCCGCAGACGACUACUUUCGAAAGCUUGAGCCGCGGCUGUACUCCUCUGACUCGUGUGGUGGUGACGAUGUGGACUCGCUGACAGACGACGAGAUUCUCUUGCGCUACCAACUGGGCAUGCUCCACUUCAGCACUCAGUUCGACCUCAUCAACGGACACCUGAGUGUGCGCAUCAUCGAGGCCCGCGACCUCCCGCCACCGGUCACGUGCGACGGCGCGCGACAGGACAUGGCGCACUCCAACCCCUACGUGAAGAUGAGCCUGCUGCCAGACCACAAGAACUCUCGGCAGACGGGGGUCAAGCGCAAGACACAGAACCCCGUGUUCGAGGAGCGCUUCACCUUCGAGCUGCCCUUCCUGGAGGCACAGAGACGCACGCUGUUGCUGUCCGUCGUGGACUUCGACAAAUUCUCACGCCACUGCGUCAUAGGGAAGGUGGCGCUGCCACUGAACGAGGUGGACCUGGUCAAAGGGGGACACUGGUGGAAGGCAUUGGUGCCCAGCUCACAGAAUGAGGUGGAGCUGGGUGAGCUGCUGCUGUCUCUGAACUACUUGCCCAGUGCCGGUCGCCUCAAUGUUGACAUCAUUCGUGCCAAGCAGCUACUUCAGACGGACAUGUGCCAAGGCUCAGAUCCCUUUGUUAAAGUGCAGUUGGUCACUGGCUUGAAGCUGGUGAAGACCAAGAAGACCUCAUGCAUGAGGGGCACCAUCGACCCCUUCUACAAUGAGUCCUUCAGCUUCCGAGUUCUCCAAGAGGACCUGAACGAGGUCAGCCUAGUGUUCACAGUUUAUGGCCACAAUGUGAAGAGCAGCAAUGACUUUGUGGGCCGCAUCGUGAUUGGUCAGUUCUCCACGGGUCCUCCAGAGUCCGCACACUGGCGCCGGCUGUUGGAGUCCCAACGCACCCCCGUGGAGCAGUGGCACAGCCUCCGCUCGCGUGCCGAGUGUGACCGCGUCUCUCCCGCCUCACUCGAGGUCACAUGAUGAUGGUCUGGUCUCGUGAUUUGUGGAGAAAGUGUGAAGGUGCAAAGUAAUGUCAUGUCGAGAUAAAAUUGUAGAUCUUAAAUGCCUAAAUGCUGAGUGAGUAAGUUUUGAGGAUACUGAUGUUUACAUCCAGAAACCCAGUAGGGAGAUGGUGAGACAAGCCCAGCUUGUGAAGAGAUAGAUGUUUUUAAAAAAUAAUUUGAUUAUUUAUCUCUUUAAAAUGCUUGGAUCGCUGCGUCUCACCCAGAUGAGCUGCUCUUGUAGGCUUCCAUGUCCUCAAGCAAUACAAUUGGGUAUAAAUCUGUCAGAAAAUGAUAGCUAGAGGCCUUCGAAUGUUUCCUCUUGGAUGAUACAGUGUCAGAUGCUGCCUGUCCGCAUUUUCCUUUUAUCACAUUGAUACAAACAGACAUGCACAUGUCACACAUAACUGCUUAAUAAUCAUUUUAUUUUUUUAAAGGUAGAUUAAGGACAGCAAUGCAAAUGUUUCUAAGUAUAAAACACAAAUGUGGUUUAUUUUUACUGGUGUUCCAUCUCAUUUGAUUUGCGCCAAAGGUUAUUUGUUUUGUCUCGACCUAAACUGUUAACGUUGCCGCCUUUUGUUUCUCUGUGAUUACAGCCCUGAGCUGAACUUUGUGUUAUACAUGUGUGUGUACUUUAUGUGUGUAUAUACGUGUGUGUGUGUGUGUGUGUGUGUGUGUGUGUGUGUGUGUGUGCGUGUGUGUGCGUGUGCGUUCCUCCUUAAAAUGUUAGCACUUUCGAAUGGUUUGAACACCAUAUUCAGUAUGUAUUUAGGGAAAAGUAAAGAUUGAAACCCUUUGAGUUAGAUCCCCUUUCACAUGAAGGAGUGGACACAGUGCUCACAUAGUGUUUGAAAUGGGCUACUUGCUAGCAAAAGUACUGAAAAGCAAUCACUCCCCCCUUUGGCCUAUGUCACAAAAGUAGUUGUCUAUCCAGAAAACCAGUGUAGUUUGCUUGUGUUUUUCGACUUAAAGUCGCAGCGUCUUGUUUAACUUCUCCUUUCCUCUGGACACACAUGUCCAUCUUUGGGGGAAAGAGUCUGUUGUGUUUUUAUGGGAGCACUGUCAGUUCUGUGUCAGUGUCCAUCAGUGUGUUUUAGAAGCAUCACGGUCUGUGUUUACCUAAAAGGCUUUUCCCAUGUAAUCUGUACCAUGUGACCUGUAUGUGCCUAGUUGUGAAUUGUCUCUGAUGCGGAAUCAAUUAUAUGAUUCUGCCAAACUUCAAUAUUAGUUUAGAUGACUAAACAGUGAAACUAAAUAUAUAUAUAUAUAUAACACAGUGAGAGAAGAAAAAUGAAAAUUAAAACUGUGCCAGUGAAGAUAUUUAUUUAUUUAUUUAUUUAGAUAGAUGGUACAUAUGCAUAUAUACUUAUAGAAUACUUGCUUAACUACUUACCUCUACAAAUAUAAAGAAUAUAUAUGACUUUUAUUGUGUGCAAUGGAUAUAAAUUGAACAAAUUAAUGUUGUUUCAGUUAGAUCUUGUAAAGAAAUAUACUUUAUGGACAACCUAAAUGAAAAAAGACUAGAGAGAAGCUGAUGAAACUUCCUCAUUGACUAUCAUUGACUGUAUAAAUAGGGGGACAAGUGGAACAUGGCAACAACAGCAAGUGGAACAUGUCAGUGCAACACUUUAGAGGCAAAACACAAAAGGAGAUCAUUCCAUCCAGAAUGCUCUGUGAGAAUAUAUCUUGCUGUCUCACCAUACAUUAAAUGCUGCUGUGCUCUUGGCCAUAGUUUUUCUAUACAUAACAUGUGCACAGUUAAUUUAUUAGCCUCUUUGACUGAGAUAGGGACCUACGCUCUUGCAUAUAUAAACUGCAACCCCCAUCAACCCUGUCUUCAGAAUCAGCAGUAUCCCUUUAAAUCUAUACCAAUAGUGUAAUGUGUCCACUCCACCAAAUCUCUGCUCCAGGAGAGCAUAUGGACUUUUAUUUUUAUAUACCUUACGGCCAUGUCAGAUGUGUUGAAGUGGUCCUUGUUAAUGCGCUUACAUUUUUUUGUCUCUUUGUGUAUGUUUAUGUGUCUAUGUGUGCACACUCUGUGGAUAUGUUUGAUCUGGUUUUUAAAUGUAUAAAUUAAGAUUAUGGUGGUUGUCCUGAUUUGAUUUAUUUCAGAGCAGUCUUUAUUAAAAGAUGUAUUAACAGA